GCAUACGAAGAAUACGGCACCAGCAGCAGCAAAAAUAACCCGAAAAUUGCCAGGGGCUCAAAAGGAGGGUACAAAUCUGACGAGUACCAGGAACAGGGCGAUUCAUACGACAACGACAUCCCUGGCAAACCCGGGGUUGAUUACCCGAUCUUCCACGCCGUACCCGAAACCCGAUUCGCUUGUGAUGCCAUGCCAACCCGACCCGGGAUGUAUGCUGAUGUGGACACAGGAUGCCAGGUAUACAGAAUUUGCGAUGAUGGAAGACAUGGUAAAUCCGGUGCAGGUUUCUUGUGCACCAAUGGCACCAUCUUCAACCAAGCCGUGUUCACUUGCGACUGGUGGUACAAUGUUGACUGCAGCCAAGCACCUCAGCUCUACAAAAAGGGUCUCUUCAAGUCGAACUUCAAGGAACUAGCAACAAAUUCGAGCAAGGGAAAAGAGCAGGGAAGAAAAGAAGAAUCGCAAAAAAUUCUAAUUGUGUUCCUGAAACUGUGGACAGUGGAACCGUUUGAUGCGCCGAAAUCAGCUUUGAAAAAUAACCCGGAAGUAGAAAAACGUCUUCUCUGGGCUGAAAAAGAAAUGUUCGUCAGGUACUUGGGAAAUCGAACCAAUUCAACUGAAUCCAAGGUAUGUCAGUGUUUCGAAACUGACUCGAACCAAUUACAAGCAUCUCGGGAUCUCUUGUGUUUGGACCCUCGUGCUAAUAUUCCCGACGAUUCUUCAGCCUUUCGGCAAAAAAUACUUUCAUUUACUCUAUUUGGCGAGAAAAAACGCUACAUCCAAGGAGCUGCGUUGAAUGUUGCAAGAGUGCCACGUGUUUAUCCCGGAUGGAACAUGCGGAUUUAUCAUAACAUUCCAGAAGGAACCCGUUUGUGCGAGUCCAUUUGCAAAUUGCGGAGCGAAAAUGGGAUUUUGCAAACGUGUCCAAUUGAUGAACGAGUUCUUGGGCCGCAUCUCAUGAGAGCUCCAAAAACGCUCUGGAGAUUUUUCCCAAUAGCCGAUUCCAGGGUCUCUGUCUUCGCAUCAAGAGACACUGAUGCAUUCAUCAGCGAAAGAGAAGCUGCCGCAGUUUCAGAUUGGCUUUCUACCAACAAAACUUUGCACACUAUGAAUGACCACCGCGGACACGUUUGGCCCAUCUUGGCUGGAAUGUGGGGGGCCAAAUUGAGCAACCCUAGAGCUAGAGCAGACCUAUUGCAAUUGAUGCGAGAAAUGCUAGACUAUGGAUCCUUGGGAAUCAACUACUUCAAGGAGGCUGACCAGACUCUCCUCAUGGCCACUGUAUUCAACCAUUUCAAAGGGUCUAAGGAUUGGCUGAACCAUGCUUCCCAUCACUGCCAUAAAUUUGGCGUUCGUUCAAAACCUUUUCCUACAAGAAGAGAAUCUCAGUUGCAAGAUGGUGUUCUUUUUGUUGGUGGGCCUCAGUUUGCCACAAACCAGAGCAAUCUUCUGAUUGAAUGCAAACCUGCAUGUCGACCACAGGAUCAUCUCGACUGGAAAUAUUGCUGAUGAAACAAUUAAAUCUUUCUCCUGACAUUGCUGAGGGAGGAAGCUGGCUUGUGAAGAGGAAGUUGUGUCCGAAUUUCAUUUAUUUAUGCUCAAUUUCUCAAUAAUCAAGUCAUGGAUAAUUUUGUUGUAGAGUAGAUGCAUUGUUAUUCAUAAUCACAAACAGGCUAAUUGUGUGCUUCUUUUUUUCAGAGUUUAUGGGUUUCAUCUGGGCACAGUACAGUACUGUAUAGGAAAACGUGUGCUCGUUCUUCGCUGUUUUUGUGCUCCUUCUCAUGCCAACAGAUCACAUUAUGCGUGGUUUUCUUCUGCAUCACAAUUCUUUUUUUUUUGCUUGAAGUUGAGAAAAUCAUUUUUUGUUCAAUUUUCGGGGGACUUCAUCCUACUUUCAACCAACAGGGGAACCAAUUGAAUAUAUUCCCAUUGAAGUCUACGGGAAAACGUGAUCCGACGAAGCGU